AUGACGCUGAUGCAGGCUCCGGGCUCCAGACCUGGGCAGAUCUGCGUGCUGAUGCUCAUCUUCACGGUGCUGCUGCAGGCUUUCGGUAUGGCUGUGUUUUACGUGUAUCUCAACAAGGAGCUGAAGCAGAUGCAGGACAAAUACUUCAAAAGUGGCUUGGCUUGCUUCUUGGAGGAAGAUGACAGUUCCUGGGACUCCAGUGAUGAUGAGAGUAUGAUCGAUCCCUGCUGGAAACUAAAGUCACAACUCUAUCUGUUUGUUAAAAAGAUGAUUUUGAGAACCUUUGAGGAAAUGAUUCCUACAAAUCCAGAAAAACAAUAUGAUCCUUACCUAGAGAGAGGAAAUGGUCCUAAGAGGGUAGCUGCUCAUAUAACUGGAAACACUCGGAAAAGAAGCAUGUUGCCAGUUCUAGGCUCCAAGAAUGAAAAAGCUGUGAGCCGUAAAAUAAUUUACUGGGAGUCAUCAAGAAAAGGACAUUCGUUCUUAAAUAAAUUGAUCUUAAGGAAUGGAGAGCUGAUUAUCCAAUACACAGGAUUUUAUUACAUCUAUUCCCAAACAUACUUUCGAUUUCAGGAACCUGAGGAAGGUUUGGGAACUGUUUCAACAGAAGAGAACAGAAAAAAAAUCAAACAAAUGGUACAAUAUAUUUACAAAUACACAAGCUAUCCUGACCCUAUACUGCUGAUGAAAAGUGCUAGAAAUAGUUGUUGGUCUAAAGAUUCAGAAUAUGGACUCUAUUCCAUCUAUCAAGGAGGAAUAUUUGAGCUUAAGGAAAAUGAUCGAAUUUUUGUCUCUGUAACUAAUGAGCGAUUGGUUGACCUGGACCAAGAAGCCAGUUUUUUUGGAGCCUUUUUAAUUGGCUAA